UCUCACAUAAUAUUUUGUUCGGCGUUCGAGAAAGAAAGCAAUUUUGCAGCACCAAAAAGCCCUAAUAUUUAGGUCCACGGCCCAAAUAAACGGCCAUAUCGUAAGUCCGGACGUUUCUUCACCAUCCCAUCCAACCUGCAGAAGAAUUUCCUGCAAGCUUCCUCCUUUGCGGUUCCAUACCCCACACUUCUCACUCUCUCCUCUCGUCACUGACUCACUGUGUUAAACCCUCGUACCUUCUCUGCCCACGCACGCCUCCCCACAAUAAAAACCUUCUCUGCAUCAAAACUCUGCAAUUCUCCGCUCUCGGGUCUUACCCAUUUUGUGAAUUGUUGAAUUGUAUUGAGCAGCUUCUUCCCCCGAUGACGGAAGAUGCGAAGGACAUCGAGAAGCUCUACGAGUUCGGGGAGCGCCUCAACGAGGCCAAGGACAAGUCCCAGAAUGCGAAGGACUAUGAGGGCAUUAUCAGCGUGGCCAAGAACAGCAUCAAGACUAAGCAAUUAGCUGCCCAGCUCAUUCCCAGGUUCUUCAAGUUCUUCCCCGCCCUUUCUGAGAAGGCUGUCAACGCGCACCUUGAUCUGUGCGAAGAAGAAGAGCUUGGGGUUCGUGUCCAAGCCAUUCGUGGACUCCCUUUAUUUUGCAAGGAUACACCGGAAUAUGUUUCCAAAAUUGUGGACAUUCUUGCACAGCUCCUUACAGCAGAAGAAAAUGUUGAGCGUGACGCGGUGCAAAAGGCCCUCAUGUCAUUAUUGAGGCAGGAUGUAAAAGCUUCUCUAACAGCCCUAUUCAAGCACAUCAGCACCAAUGAACCAAGCCCGGAUGAAAAUAUUCGUGAGAGGGUUCUAAGCUAUAUUAGAGAUAAGGUUUUUCCUUUAUACACUGAGCUCUUGAAACCUCAGGAGCAAAUGGAAAGGCAUAUCACUGAUUUGAUAAAACAAAGUUUAGAAGAUGUAACAGGAGCAGAAUUUAAAAUGUUUAUGGAUUUUUUAAAAAAUUUGAGCAUAUUUGGCGAGAAAGCCCCUCCAGAGCGUGUGCAAGAACUUAUUGAAAUUAUUGAAGGACAAGCUGAUCUUGAUGCACAAUUCAAUGUUUCUGAUGGGGACCAUAUUGAUAGACUUAUAUCAUGCCUGUACAUGGCUCUUCCUUUUUUCAUGCGAGGUGCAUCCAACAGCAAGUUUCUCAACUAUUUGAACAAGCACAUUUUACCUGUUUUUGAUAAGCUACCUGAAGAACGGAAACUGGAUUUGCUCAAAAACCUUGCAGAAAGUUCACCAUACACCACGCCGCAAGAUUCACGGCAGAUUCUUCCCUCUGUUACUCAGCUCUUAAAGAAAUACAUGCCUCGGAGAAAGACUGGCGAAGAGAUGAAUUUUACCUACGUAGAGUGCUUGUUGUACACUUUUCAUCAUUUAGCUUACAAGGCUCCUAAUGCUACAAACAGUUUAUGUGGCUACAAGAUUGUCACUGGUCAACCGUCAGAUAGGCUAGGGGAGGACUUCUCAGAGCAUUAUAAAGACUUCAGUGAGAGGUUGAAUAAUGUUGAGGAGCUAGCUAGGGCUACUAUGAAGAAAUUGACCCAGGGAAUGGCUGAUCACAACAAAGCAAUGGCAGCUGCUAAAACUGAUGAGGCAAAGGAUAGCAUUAAAACUCAAAAGCAGAAUGCUACAACUGGGUUGCGGACCUGCAAUAAUAUUCUGGCAAUGACGCAGCCGUUGCAUUCAAAAUCACCUUCAUUCAUUGGGGAUAGGCGCAUCAAUCUAUCCUGGAAAGAGGUUGUGAAAGCUUCUGUGCCUUCAACUACUCCUGCAACUGGAGGGAAACGAUCUGCUACUGCUUCUAAUGGUUCAGGAAAUAUUGCAUCAAAGAAGGGACGUGGUGCUGGUGGUUUGCAAAACCAGCUUGUUAAUCGGGCCUUUGAAGGUUUAUCUGGGAGAAGUGGUAUAGCAAGAGGCAGGGGCAGGGGCUGGGGUGGACGUGGAAGAGGAAGAGGCUACCGGUAGCUUUACUUCCAACUUGCAGUGACAGAACAAUUAGGACUCUUUUGAGUCAAAAUGUGAUCUGGAAGAAGCAAGUCACUGAUUGUAUAUACCUUUUCCUCUUUAUUCCAAGAAAUUUUGAGUUAAAUAGAGGAAGCCGGAGAGUUUUAGAUUCAUUGUGGACUACUAAAUGAAAUUAUUGUUUAGCUUGUGUAGCUCCCGGCCUAGAAAAGAGAUCAACACUGAUAUUGUUCACUCUAUACGUUUUUCAUUUUAAGUUAUUACACUUUGAAAAACAUCAUACAAGCAUUUAGUUAAUGAAGAUGACCAAAUCCACUGAAAA